AUGGAGAAGGUCCAAUCCCGAUCUCGUCAGCCUCUUCCGACGCCGGUGCCUCCUCCGGACAACGCCUCUUCCUGGAAAAGUCCAGGGCGAGGACGGAGAAGAGAAAUCUCUUCUACCCCAGAUGGCGGGAAACCAGUGGUGGUUUCCCGCUAUUUCCUCCCGUCGCAUGCCUCCUCUAUCUCUUCCUCGACUGCUACCCAAGAUGGCGGGAAACCCGUGGUGGUCUCCCGCUCCUUCCUCCCGUCGCAUGCCUCCUCCUCUGUUCUCACGGAUGCCAAAGCUUCUGCCCCACGGGCGGGAUCAACCGCUCAGAAGAAGUCUGACGCAUAUAGAAGAGUUGCAGACAAUAAUACCUGGGAUCCGCCGGCUUCUGCCAAAGCCUCUGGCCCCGAUGGUAAAGAGCCGACGGUAAAGAGGAAGAGGGAUAACCCUAACUUACAGGCGAAGAAGCGGAGAGCCAAAAAGGUGCCACAUUUCUCUGCAGCCCAGAAGAAGUCUGAGGCAUAUAGAAGAGUUGCAGACAAUAAUACCUGGGAUCCGCCGGCUUCCUGUUACCAUCUACUUCAGGAGCGACACUCCGUUGAUCCAUGGAGGGUCUUGAUUAUCUGUAUGCUCUUGAAUGUUACUAAAGGUCGCCAGGUUUCAGGGGUUUUGCCUGGUCUGUUCCUCAUGUGUCCAAAUGCAGAGGCGAUGUCAAAGGUAGAUGAGGAGGAAAUGGAAAAGGUUAUACACUCUCUAGGUUUACAAAAAAAACCGUCUAAUAUGCUGAAGAGAUUCUCGUGUGAAUAUCUGAGAGACGAUUGGAUUUAUGUGACUCAGCUUCAUGGCAUUGGCAAAUAUGCAGCUGAUGCAUAUGCAAUAUUUUGUACCGGAAAGAUGAAGCAGAUUACUCCACGAGAUCAUAAAUUAGUUGCCUAUUGGAAGUUUGCUUGUGGUAAGGAAGAACAUUUUGAAAGUUGA